AUGCUCGAACAAUUGUGUUCCGGUCGACUGCCUUUCGUUUCGUACUCAGCAUCGCAGUCCUACAGUUCUGUGGACACGCAGAUGUUAGAGGAUAGCACCAUAGAAUCUGAACCCAUAGAAGAUCUCGAGAAAAUCGUCGAUGAAAGAGAUACGAGUGAGAAAAGAUCGGUAAUCGAUUUCGCCAGGACCAGAGGCAAAGAGAAGUUUGCGCUGUUGAUGACGGUGAUGGCUGCUGCUCAUCGUUUGCUAAUUACCAAUACCACAAUCACGAGAAGAUCGCUCUAUUACGAUUUAAAAAACGAGAGAACUUUGAGUUUGGUGCCCGAACAGAGACACGUGGACCUGGCCGUGAACCAGGCGGCAAAAAUAUUGAACUGCGCACCCUGGGAUCUUAAUCUGCUGCCCACGUCAAAGGGAUUAGCUGCCGGCGAAUUAACCCUCCGGCUGAUCGAUAAUCGAAUCAUCGACUGCACCGUGCCGGGAGGCGCCCUUAUUCCGAACGUCGCGUCGAACUUGAUUUCCGUGCGCACCAAAGCCAAAAUGGUGUUGGUCGUCGAGAAGGACUCGGUGUUCCAGAAAUUAUUAGAGGACGACUGCACCGGGUCGUUGAAUUGCAUUUUGGUCACCGGAAAGGGCUACCCCGACGUGGCCACGAGAAUGCUGGUGAAACUGUUAGCGGAGAAAAUGGCACUUCCGGUUUACGCGCUCGUCGACGCGGACCCAUUCGGUGUCGACAUCAUGUGUGUCUAUCGAUUCGGAUCUGCGAGUUUGUCCAACCAAGAGGAGAGCUUAGCUUGUCCAAAUGUGCGCUGGCUCGGCGUUCAUCCGUCGGAAUUAGUAGGUUUGGGUGUGAACACGAUUCCCCUGACCGAAUUCGAUUUAUCCAAAUUGAGCGCCAUCGAGGGCCGACCUUACAUGACCGAGGCGUUCCUCGGAGAGCUCCGGAUUAUGCGAGCUGGUAAAGCUGAGAUAGAGAAUGUCUCCUCCUUUGCUAGAAGAUUCCUGAUUGCGACUUAUCUGCCUUGCAAAAUUAAAGGUGACGAUUACAUCUAG